UUCUCGACAGCCACAUCCCCACCGCUCUCCUCUCCCCUUCUCCUCACCUCCAGCCCUCCUCUCCACUCAUCUGCUGCAACCCUCCAUCCAUCUGGAAGCCUGAGCAAAAUCAGUCAUUCAUUCUCCCCCCAAAUCAGCCCCAUUAUCAUGGACACCACAAGGAACACCCUCUCCAUCUCUGAGGCACUCUACCACCUGAUCGUCAUGAUGCUGACACUGGGCCAAGGCGUUCAUUCGAUGCCUGUCCCGACUGACGUCCCCAUGUGCACGGCCUCAGAAACAGCCCAGUACAAGCUAACGUUUUUCGGCAAGUGGAGCCAUGCAGCUUUCCCUAAACAGUAUCCUUUCUACCGCCCCCCUGCGCAGUGGUCAAACCUCAUUGGGGUGACCCACAGCUCUGACUACCACAUGUGGCAGCGUAAUGACUUUGCCAGCAAUGGAGUGAGGGAGUUUGCGGAGAAAGGCGAGGCCUGGACGCUCAUGAAGGAAGUCGAGGAGGCCGGCGAACGCAUUCAGAGUGUUUAUGGGAUCCUCUCCGCUCCCGCUGUUGGGGGCGGCACUGGCCAGAUGAAGACUGAGUUUGAGGUCUUCGCCAGGCACUCUUAUCUGUCUUUUAUCGUGCAUCUCGUUCCAAGCCCCGACUGGUUUGUGGGUGUGGAUAGCAUUGACCUGUGUGACGGCGACCAGUGGAAAGAAAAUGUGUUGCUGGAGCUUUUCCCGUACGAUGCGGGAACUGACAGCGGGUUCACCUUCUCUUCUCCCAACUUCGAGACCAUCCCACAGGACAAAAUCACACAGAUCACUUCUUCCUUCCCCAACCACCCUGCCAACUCCUUUUACUACCCCCGCCUGAAGCACCUGCCGCCCAUCGGCAAAGUAAUGCUGACCAAGAUAAAGAAAACCAAUCAGAUCAUCAGCCUGCCUGUGGAGCCCACUGACUCCAACCAACUGCCAACAGGAAACGAGAUAGAGGACACGCUCAUAAAUACCCCUCUGGACUGCGAGGUGUCAGUGUGGUCUCCUUGGGGCUUGUGCAAGAGCAAGUGUGGAGACUCAGGCCUGCAGCACCGCACACGCUACAUCAUCAUGCACCCAGCCAACAACGGAUUAGCCUGCCCCCUGCUGGAGGAAGAGAGGAAGUGCUUCCAGGACAACUGUUUAUGACUAAGCCAGGAAAGGAGGGAGAAGAAAGAGAGGAAGGAGAGGAGAGAGAAGAAAGAGAGGAAAGCCAGGAAAGGGAGGAAAGGACGAAGAUGGAGAAACAACAACAAAAGAUCGGCGGCGUAUUCACAUCGGGCAUAAAUGUGAAGAAGCGCCCUUAUUUUCUCCCUGGCUAUGCCCUGUCUGGGGAAAAUGACUCAUGUACUGGUUGACUGUUAAACUGUCUCAUCCUCAAGUCACAUUGAUACAUCUGACAGCACUAGAGAAGUGUAGUUUGGCAAAAUAGCUAUUAGACACCAAUUCAGUUUUGGCAGAUAAUCUAAAUUGACUAGGGAUCGCUCAACGCUGCAUUAGCCAAUAAACACAUUUACACAUCAUAAUUGGGUUUGAUUGGACAUUUCUGAAGAUCACAGCCAUUUGUUUGCCCAUAGAGGAUUAUAACUCCCAGGAGCGUCCAUACAGCAGAUUUGAAAAUGAAUCCAUAUAAAUGAUACUUAACAGAAAAUCCAAAUAAGCUCUGGCCCAGGGGAAAACACGACGCCUUAAUUGUUCUAUCAGCGUCAGACAUAGAGUUUAAUGUACGGUCCUCCCCACAUUCAAAACAUAGCGUUUAAAAAGAGACAUUGUGGUUGUUUUCCUGAAGACAAAGAAUAUAUUUAUUGACAGGAUUUUAACCUGUAGUGUACAGUAUAUCAAAUCUGAAAGUAAUAAAUUGUAUUCCUUUACGUUAUUGAGAUAUUAUUUCAUUUAUUUUG